GAAGGAAGGAAGGCCAAAACGAGCUCGCGGUUCUCUCUCUCUCUUCAUCACCACUCCGCUUGAAGGCUCGAUGAGAGAGAAGUCGCACUUGUGCGUAAUUCAAAGAAGAAGAAGCGAAGAAGAAAAAGAAUAUUUGUUCGUUCGUUCUGCGUAGAAAUUCUUAGCCGCCAGCAUCUGAUUUCGAUGUCGUUUAAGAUGAUCAGGUCUUAGCUUUGAGUUAGAUGUUGAUGGUACCAGUUGUCCUUUAAUGUGCUCUGACCACACUUUAAGUCUCUAUUUGGAUAGCUGGAACUUUCAUGCUUGUUAUUUAUGUGGACAAAAAUGAAUAUGCGGCCUGCUUUAUUUUCCCAGAGAUCAGGGGAAAAUCAACACAAUAGUAUGGGUGUGUCUGGUGCAAUGGGUUCUUCGUUGCCAGUUUUCCCUACUACAAUGGAAGAGAAAUAUCCUAAGUUGCCAGAUUCACUUCAGCUUUCAUCUGAGAAGGAACUGAUGGCUCAUUCUUCUUUCUCUAGACCAGCAGCUGCCUUUGGUUGUACCAGUGGAACCGUUGGGCAUUUGUAUUCGUCAUCUUCUGGACUCCCCCCAAGUGUUUAUCACUCUCCCGUUAUACUUUCACCUAUGACAAGAAAUUGCCAAAGCUCUUCCAUUGAGUCUUCUGGACUCCCCCCAAGUGUUUAUCACUCUCCCGUUAUACUUUCACCUAUGACAAGAAAUUGCCAAAGCUCUUCCAUUGAGUCUUCUGGUUCUGGCAUUCCGUCUUCAGAGUUUGUGUAUCCCAAGGAGAACAAUGAUGUCAAUAUGCCUUGGAAUGCUGAUGCGUUUGAUGAGUUCCUGGACUUCCCUGGAAAUGUGACCAUGCAGAAUGAUCAGGUAGAAAACUGCAUGGCCAUUGUAGCUUCUGAAGAACAUGGUAAAAGAACUGAAUGGCAGGAUUGGGCAGACCAAUUAAUCACUGUUGACGACGCUCUGGACUCAAAUUGGAGCGAUAUCUUUGUGGAUGUCAAUGCAUCAGAUUCUAAAGCAAAGGAGAUGGAUCAAUCUACAGAUGUUCCUUCACAUCCUCUGCAAAUUCAGAUUUCUUCCGUAUCAACUUCUGAGAAGUGUCCUGUUACCAGUCCAGCUUCUGCGCCAACGACGAAACCACGUAUGCGUUGGACCCCUGAACUCCAUGAAGCCUUUGUGGAAGCCGUUAACAAGCUUGGUGGGAGUGAAAAAGCUACACCUAAGGGUGUCCUGAAACUUAUGAAUGCUGAAGGCCUUACCAUCUAUCACGUAAAAAGUCACUUGCAGAAAUAUCGAACAGCAAGGUAUAAACCGGAAUUAUCUGAAGGAACAUCAGAGAAAGCAUUGGCUCCUAUUGAGGACAUCACAUCUCUGGAUUUGAAAACGAGUAUGGGAAUUACAGAAGCACUGAAACUGCAGAUGGAAGUUCAAAAACGACUUCACGAACAGCUGGAGAUCCAGAGGAAAUUACAAUUGCAAAUUGAAGAGCAGGGAAGGUACCUGCAAAUGAUGUUUGAAAAGCAGCGAAAGAUGGACGAUGAGCGGUCUAAAGCAUCAUCAUCAUCUUCGUCUAACCCAGAAAAGUUGCAAUCUGUAGCUCCUCCUCCUCCUCCCAGCAAGGAAUUGGAAUCCACAGAGCAGGAAAAUGUUAACAAGCCGAUGAUGAAUGACGAGGGAAUUAACCAGAAGGCAGCUGGAGAUAUCGAUCCAGAUAUGACAGGUCCCAGUAAACCCACCAAACGCCCAAGAGGAGGCGAUGAAGAAGGUCGAUAAUAUAUAUAGUAUAUCAUCUGAUCAAAUAUUAUUUUAGAAUUUGUAAGUUCGUGCCCCCAACUAUCGAACCCGUGUAUUACAAAUAUUUGAUAAUGAUGGGGGUGUGUAAUUUCAUACUUCCAUGGUAGGAUGGAUGCAUUUUUAUUGGAACUUAAAUGGCAAAACCUAUUUUUGUUAUUUAUACCCAGUUUACUCUUCUCUGAUGGGCAACUGUAAAUAUUUUCUUAACAUUCUGACUUUAUUAAUUAGCUUUAGAAAUGAGCACUGUUCUGUUCUGUU